GUUUUGGCAAAAAUCCAUGCUCCAGCAGAUAAUCAUUUAAUUGUGGUUUUCUAGUAUGGUAGACUAGGUAUUAGACAGUAUAUUAUUGGGAGACAAGCGGCGAUAUCACGGUGUGGGGUAGCUAGGAACGUAAUGCACGGCUGGUAUAGUGUACGCUAUCAUCGAGACAGUCGAUCGACGAGAUACAGCCGGCUGAAACACUCUUGCGACAGUCAAAAAAGCCCUGUUUGUACUAAUUUGGGUACAUACUGCAGGUAAAACUCGGUGCUCUGAUUCAUCGCCCCGUGGAUCUUUGUCCUGAUCUUCCCGAGCCAAUCUCGUCUUGUAUGAUUUUGCCAAAAGAUACACAGGAAGAAAAUGAGAGUGAGAGUCCGCGGCCCAGCUGGGCAAAGUACCAUCACUCUCGACGCUACCGCGACAGUCGCCGACUUGACCACCCUCAUCAAGGAGCAGACCGGCCUCGCUUCCUUUGAUCUCAAGUAUGGCUACCCUCAACCGCAGCCUUUAGAUCUCAGCGAUCCCACUCAGAAGCUGGCCGAGUUGGGCGUUGAUCUCAAUGGCGAACAGCUCAUUGUCAACAGCAAAAAAGACGACUCGGCAGAAACACCACCUUCUACAAGUCAACAAGAUACACUCCCUACACAGACUAUACACACUACACAACCAUCACCCCUCCGUGAGAGCAGCCUUAUAAAACCACCAGACGAUAGCGACCCUCCAGAGGUACCAUCCCCGGAACACGCGGGCACUGUGGUCCUACGCAUCAUGCCGGACGACAACUCGUGCCUCUUUCGAGCAGUCGGCAGCGCAGUCAUCGGUGGAAUGGAUGCAAUGACAGAAUUACGGUCCAUCGUCGCGCAGACAAUCCAAGCGCAGCCAGACGAAUACCCAGAGGUGGUUCUAGAAAGAAAAACAGACGACUACUGCCGCUGGAUCCAGAGCGAAGAUGCCUGGGGCGGCGCCAUCGAACUCAGUAUCCUCAGCAAGCAUUUCGCAGUGGAAAUCUGCUCAAUCGAUGUACAGACGCUGAGAGUCGAUCGGUUCAAUGAAGGGCAAGCAACGAAGUGCUUUGUGGUCUACUCGGGGAUCCAUUACGAUGCCAUUGCGUUGUCCCCAUCGGACCCUCCGUUCACGCACGCCUACGCGCCGCCGGAUUUCGACACGCGCAUAUUCGAGGCCGGCGACUCAUUCAUUCUCGAGAGGGCGCUAGAGCUGUGUCAGGUGCUACAGAAGAGGCACUACUACACCGACACGACCAGCUUCCAGAUCCGUUGCAACACCUGUGGCGGUCUGUUUGUGGGCGAGAAGGGGGCGACCGAGCACGCGGCGCAGACGGGGCAUUAUGAUUUCGGGGAGGCUCAAUAACAUAUAUAUAAACCUAUAUAAUAAU